AUGAGGACCGCCGAUCUCAUCGCAGGACCGACAGCGGGACUCACGGUAUGCCUGACCUUCUACCCGUUCGAUACGUUAAAGACAAGAAUCCAAUCACCCGCAUUCCGAAAACUCGCAGCGCAGUCGGCGCGCCCGAGGAAGAUGUGGCUACGCGGGUUAUACCAGGGUAUCGGGCCGAUUACUCUCGCGAUGGUGCCUGGCUCGGCUGUAUUUUUCACAUCCUACGAAUCCUCAAAAAGCUUUCUGCGAACCUCCGCGCCGCAAAUCCCCGAGCCGAUAACACACGUACUCUCUUCGUCUCUCGCGGAAGCCCUUGGGUGCGUGGUGGCUACCCCCGCUGAGGUGAUCAAACAGAAUGCGCAGGUCAUGCAUGAAGCCAAGGGUUCGAGUUCACUUGCGGCCCUGAAGCUCGUUGGGCGUAACCCCAAAGAUCUCUGGCGGGGCUUCACACUCCUAGCGGGUCGCAACCUCCCAUUUGUUGUCAUUCAAUUUCCACUUUAUGAGCGGCUGAAGGUGAUGUUCAGGGUGCGCGAACGGGGAAACGGAUUGAUGGAGACUGCAAAGGUUACGGGCGCGGCGGCUGGGUUGUCUGGGGGUGUGGCGGCAUGGUUGACAACGCCGGUGGAUAUGGUGAAGACAAUUGUUAUGCUAGGAGCGAAUAAACACAGCGGGAGAAGGCUGGGAGCGGUAGAUGUAGCGAAGAGCGUGUGGAGGGAGGAGGGAGUGAGAGGUCUUUGGAGGGGAGGGGCCUUGAGGGGUAUUUGGACUGGUGCCGGGAGUGGGUUAUAUCUGGGAAUUUAUGAAUGCACACUUUUAGCUAUGGGCGAGGAAUAGUGCUAUCGAUAGGGUUUGGUUGCUGUAAAUAUCGAGCGGACUGUAAGUUAGCGUAUAUAGGGGUUGAAAAAAUCCACUGGGUAUCUUAGAAAAAAA